AUGACUCCUGCCCUCUCAGUUCUGCUGUACCUUGGGUUGUGUCUGUGCAAGAGGACAAGGACCAGGGCAGCAGAUGGAUUUCCCAGACCUUCCCUGAGGGCAGAGAAUGGCUCUUUAGUGCCCCAAGGGGGAGCUGUGACCCUCAGGUGUAGGGGAUCAUGGGAGGCUGAAGAGUGGCGGCUGGAGAAAAGUGGAGGAUCUGGAUGGUCACAAAUCAAUGCUGUGAGAGGAGCUAGAAAAGAGGGGGAGUUUUCCUUCCCAUUCAUGACAUCAAAUAAUACAGGGACCUACUGGUGCUUCUACAGACAUUCAUCCAACCAGUGGUCAGAACUCAGUGACCCCCUGAAACUGGUGGUUACAGGCCUCUAUGACCCACCCUCCCUGGCAGCCCUGCCCAGCUCUGAGGUGGCCUCAGGACAGGACGUGACCCUGCAGUGUCAAUCAGAGCUAUACUAUGACUGGUGUGUCCUGUACAAGGCUGGAGAAAAGAUCAGCCACAGCUGGAUGCAGAGCCAUGGAAGGGGGUAUCAGACUGACUUCUUCUUCCCUGCUGUGAAUCUGACCCACGAUGGCACUUACCGAUGCUACGGCUUUUAUAGUUUUUCCCCCUAUGAGUGGUCACCCCCCAACACCCCCCUGGUGCUCAGGGUCUCAGAUGCUGCUACCCUGGAUUACACUGUGGCCAAUCUGGUCCGCCUCAUCUUGGCUGGGCUGGUCAUCAUCCUCCUGGGGGUCCUGCUGGCUGAGCACUGGAAAAGCUCCAGGAGUCAACCCAUCCAGGGAGUCCUUAGCUGA